AUUGAUAUCUUCUUGUCUCGGCUUGCAACUACGUUCCUGUACUUAAAUAGGUUAUUUGACGUGAUUUGAUGUGUGAGUCAAGUUUAUUCAUAAAAGAACUGGUUACUUAAUUUAGUGGAUGAUAGCAAUUUUACGACAUCUCAACGAACAGUUUAUUUGUACGAGAAUUAAAAAUCGAACUGUGAAUUGGUCAAAAAUGUGGUGAUAGUGAUGCGCCUAAAGGAGAAAAAUAACACAAAAUCAUUUAACAGCGUCUACAGGGUGCUUUCACGUUUAUGUCGUUCUGUGGAUAAAGGACAACUUGAUGGUUUCAUGGCGGAUGGCGUAGCGCCAACCCUAAAGAAUGGCCACAACUCAAAUGCGAGUUUUACCAGCCAGCCGGUGAAGCCAUCAUCGGACGUGUCCAGCGUUGUUUAUACUGUUGGCCACUAUCCUUCGAAGCUCUUGCGUAAUCUCAAUGCACAGAGACUGGAGAAUAAGUUCAGCGAUGUGGGACUGGUCGCCGAUGGCAAAGUCAUCAGGGCUCACAGAUCCGUCCUGGCCGCUGGUAGCGCCUACUUCAAUGCCAUGUUUACCGUCGGGCUGGUGGAGGAGCAACAAGAACUCGUGGAAAUCCACUCGAUCUCUCCUCAUAUACUUUCUCAGCUGGUGGACUUUAUUUACAGCGGCAAUGUGGACAUCACUCAAGAUAAUGUACAGGAGCUAUUUGCUGCCGCCGACAUGCUCGAGCUAGACGACGUAGUAGCCGGCUGUAUCAAUUAUCUCAAGCAACAGCUGCAUUAUUCUAACGCCCUUGGAAUUUACAGAUUCGCAGAAGCACAUAACAGACUGGAUCUUCUGGAGACUGCCCUACGCUUUAUAGAAGUCAAUUUUCCACAAGUCUGUCAGGAGGAGGAAUUUCUGGAUCUACCCAAGGAGCAUCUCGUUCAUUUUCUCAGUAGCGAUUACAUUCACAUAGAUACUGAAUGCCAGGUCUUCCAGGCCGCGUACAAUUGGAUCAUUCACGACAUCCCUGCGCGGCGAUGCUAUGUAUUUGAGAUCCUUGGCCAUAUACGCUUGCGACUGUGUUCAUUAGCGAGGCUAGAGCGUAUCAUCCUAGAAUGCAAGGACGCAAGUCUGAUCGUAGCGUUGCGAUCCAUACAGAAGGAUCUAGUCUCGAAUAAAGGUUGCCUGGUGCCUCUUCACGCUCAGCCCAGGGUCUGUGCCAAGAAGAACAUUCUGGUGAUCGGCGGAUCCAAGCGGGAGCACUCUGCGGACAGCUGGGGCAGAACCACUGAGAGCACUUACGAAACCAUUGAGAAAUACGACAUAUUCACCGGAGAAUGGAGCGAAGUGGCCCCAAUCAGCAUAGGGCGCAUUCUACCUGGAGUGGCCCUGCUGGACGGCAAAGUAUACGUCGUCGGCGGUGAGCUGGAGUCCUGCAUAAUUGCCAAUUGCGAGUGCUACGAUCCUCGCGACAACGUAUGGACAUCGAUCGCUUGCAUGGAAGAACCCAGAUGCGACUUCGGUCUCUGUGCCUUGGAUAACUGCUUGUACGCAUUCGGCGGAUGGGUGGGCGAGGAUAUUGGCGGUUCCAUUGAGAUAUACGAUCCGAUUACUAACACGUGGACUCUCGACGGCUACCUUCCGGAGCCACGAUUCAGUAUGGGUGUCGUCGCAUACGAAGGAUUAAUUUAUAUUGUGGGUGGCUGCACUCAUAACAGCCGACAUCGUCAGGAUGUGCUGAGUUACAAUCCUGUCACCAGAGAAUGGAACGAUUUGGCACCGAUGCUCACCCCACGCUCACAAAUGGGAAUCACCAUCCUCGAUGGGCACAUGUAUGUUGUUGGCGGUACUAGUAAAAAUCAAGAAGUCUUAACAUCAGUCGAAAGAUACUCCUUCGAGAAGAACAAAUGGGCUGCCGUCGCUCCCAUGAGCAUGGGCAAGUUUUAUCCGGCGGUCGCGGCGGCCGACAGUCGGCUCUACGUUAUAGGCGGCGACCAGUCGCAAGAAAUCAAUUUCUAUCGCACGCAGAUCACGAUCUCUACUGUCGAGUGCUACGAUCCCCACACAAACAAAUGGCACGAGUGCGCCUCUUUACCGUCGAGCAGAGGCGAGGCGACGGCAAUCGUCGCGCCUUUCUGAUUGAUGUUUUGAAUGUCCGUUUCGUUUGACAUGUUUGCUCGGCGCUUCUUACUUUUCCUACACUUCCUUUUUUUUUUCGAUAUCUGCUCUGCGCUGUCCAUCUUCAUCAAUUUGCAUCCAUUAGGUAGGUAUUGAAAAAAAUUCUAUUAAUUUUUUAAUAUUCCAUCAUUUCAUCAUUUUAUUUUUAACACUCGCAUAGAGAUGCUACGUGCAGUCGAAUGUCGAGAACUUGUCUGUUAUCAACCAGCUAAAUGUUUGUAAUGUGAACUUUUACAUUUUUUUCUCACUAUACAUUUGAUACACGAACGUCCAAGUGUGCGCAGAAUGAAAGGACUGAGAAGAGACUUCUCGAAACAACACGAGCAUUAUUUGACUUCCGAAGAGUUCAAACAUUUUUUAUAUCAAAUAUUUUAGAUCAAUGGGGAGAUUAUUAUUAUUUUUCAUAGAUACGUUGUAAUCGUUAAUUGGAAGGAACUUCAGAUCCAAAGAGUGCAGGGUCUGAAUGUGUUUUAAAAAAACCCCAGGAUCUAAGAAACAAACAAAAAUCUAGUUUUAUCAUUUAGAGUUUGGAUUUGAUGGCACUUAGAAUUUAGAUGUCUUCACUUCCAGACGUUCAACAGGUAAAUCUUUUUGCAAUAAAAUUUAUGAAAGCAUGUAUGCAUGGGAAAGAAAAAUGACAUCCGAGAUAUCAGACGUUCGAAAAAAGCAGGGUCCAAACCAUUCAUGUUAUCAAGAAUUUUGGAUCCAAAUCAUGAAAUUUAAAAAAACGUACAAUCCCAAAAAAUGAUGUCUAGAAAUAUCAAGCAGAGAAAUUGUCUUUGGUUUAUGUAUAUUCUCGAUUUCAUUUCUUGGAUUGCACGUUCUCGAUCUAUGUUACGAUUAGCUAUUCUCUAUGUUACAAACCAUUAUCUAUGUUACAAUCAGAUUAAAGAAAAACCGCGAACGGAUUUGAAAACAACAGAGAUGUUCGUAAUGAUAACGUACAGCGAAUACGUACAGGAAAUACUCGAGUACUUUUUAUUAAUUAAUGACAAGUAUUAAUCAUGUGCGCUAGGAAGGACUGAGCCUCUUUAUAUAUUAUUAAUAUAGUCACAUACCAAAGUUAUCAUAAUUUUUAAUCGCAUCGCUACAAGUUAAUAGCCUGUUAAACGUAAUAUAUGUAAGGAAUUAUAAGAUAAAUCCAAAGACACUUAUCUUUGGAGCGUGUAAGGGUCUAAAGGAUCUUCAAAACUUUAAAAAAAAAAAAAAUUAAUAGCAUUCCCACAAGUCUGUCACGAUAGCAUUUACAGAGUAUUGCCGCAAUUAUGAAGUCCGAAUACAUAAACUAAUCAAGAGUCCUAAAUUCACACACAGACGAAUAAUUGUAAGGUUCAAGAAUUUUAACAAGUCUUGUAUGCUCUACGCGUUAUAAAAUUUUAGUCUUCCGAAAUUUUUCAGUUAAAAGAAAAAUCAAUUGGCAUUUAGGAGGAAAAGAAAGUUUUAACAUGUAAUUUAUAAAUCUAACAAGUAUGUAAAAAGAGUACACUUCAAGACUCAAUAAUUCGAAAGUUCUUGGAGCCUUUAACCCUUGGCAUUUUGGAAACUUUGGAUUCGUGAAUCCGGAGAAGGAUACCUUAAUGUAAUAAAAUAACGAGGUGUUUCUUAAUUAGUGAAGUCGCGCGCCCAAUGUUUUGUAAAGUUUAAGGCCACAUUUUAUAAAACCGUUCUAAGAAUCGAAGAGUCGUCGCUGAUCGUUGUAACUAAUCGUCGAUGUAACAAUCCAAUUUGCCAUUGUUCGAGAUGCGAUGUUUGGUGCUACCGCGAACAUUCGUCAAACGAUACUCGAUUAUUCUCAAAUCUUUCGACACGCAGGGUAAAUAUGGGUGAGAUGACCUUGUUGGGUAAUUGAUCCUUUAUUAAUCCCGAUUGCUUGAGUGUUAAAUAAGUUCUUAAGCUUGUCACCUCCGCUAUCUUUCUUCAUU